GACUACAUAUGUUGCAACGCCUCCCAAACAUUGCCCUUGGUGUGCUUUGAGAGGUGAUGUGCUAAAGGGCUAACACUGUUCACCACUUUGUGGGAUUCGUGUAUUAAUCCUCGAAAAUGGGGCUUCUCCCAGAUGAGGCAAAAGUCCUCCCUCCCCCGGGAAUCAUAAACAGAAACUCGGCAUGGCUCGGGCUGACCGGCUGGGUCACAGCGAUGCUUCAUAACUCACUUAACCGAAGGCCUGCGAUCAGAGCCGGUGUUCACCGACAGGCAUUGUUCAUAACUAUUGGCUGGUUCAUCGGCUACCAUUUAACAAAGGUUGAAAAUUACAAAUAUGCCAAGUUGGACAGAGAGAUGAAAGAGUACAUCCGAAUGCACCCAGCAGAGUUUCCAGAAAUAGAAAAGAAGAUGUUCUCAGAGAUCGUAGAGCCGUUUCACCCUAUCCGCUGAGCGAAGCUACUUUCCACAGACGUGAGCAGCAUUUCUGGAAGCUUUCUUCGGUUCACCAUGUUAUUAAAGUGUAUAAGUGAAUAUUUUGUUUCUAAUAUUUGAAUAAACAAUUUAAAAUGCA